UAACAAAUUAGGCCCCUGCAAAACAUCUGUGCUUGUUUUCCAUUCCAUUCCAGUUGGCACUCCACUUAUGAAGGCUCGUCUGGCAUCAAAUGCACCUCUCCUUUUCUUCAUCGCACCCAUCUUUGUCCAACUACCGUCGUUCAUUUGAUCCUUUUCCUUCAAUAUCUCCUCCGCUUCACAGAGGCAGAAAACAGCACUCUCGUUUCCAACGGUCUCAGGCGAGAUCGACAAGAUGGUCAACUGGCGCAACGGCGUCGCCACUUUGCUGGCCGGUCUGGCAACAUUCGACAUUGCGCUCGCUGAUAUCGUGACCGUCUUCGCAUACCCAAGCACGUGCUCCGCCAUUUACACCUCCAAAUCAAGGCCUCAACACACCAAGACCGUCCAUCACACCAUCACAGUAACUCCAUCGCCCGCACCCGAUCACGGUCACAACCAUGGCACUCCCUUCUUGCUCGAGGUCCAGACAUCUUCCGGCAACACGCGCAAGAGGAAUGCGAACAUCCCCAUGUACGUCCGUGCCAACGGCUUCACCACUCGCUCGACGGAGACGGCGGGUCACUACAUCAUCCAAAACGGAAUGUUGACCACCGUCCACGGCGGCUACAUCUCUGAGCCCGUGGGCGUUCGUCACAACUCUUUCGCCAUCAAAGGCCAUCUUCAGUCCGAGAACUCCACCUUCCAUGUCCGAGACGGCCUCUUGGAGUGGAAGAACGACAACUUCACCAAUGGCAUUGCCCACUUUUACGAAAUCUUCCCCGCUGGACGUGCUCGAGCGGGGGAGAUCCUCGCAUAUUUCUACGGCCCGUUAUUCAAGGACUGGACUCCUGUGGUGCUAGUUGUAAGACCUGUCACCACUACUGAUGUCAGCUCUACAUCCUCGACAUCUUCUUCCUCGGCGACCAUCUCCACUCCUGGUCUUCCACUGGGCACUGGUCACGGAACCACCAUAAUCUCCUCGAAAUCCACGGGCAUGUACCAGAAUCGUUCCACGACCAGUGUGUCAGGCCCUGCAGGCUCCCCCACAAGCUUGGUAGUAACCCCAAACGGCCAAUGUGGAGGGGUGACUGGCUACACUUGCACUGGCGGUAACUUUGGGCCUUGCUGUUCAAAGUACGGCUUCUGCGGUACUGGCGACAACUACUGCUCCGAGCGUGUUGGCUGCGACCCAGAGUUCGGGACGUGCUUCAGCAACUCCACAAGCACGAGCACGAGCGUAACGAUGACCACGACAGCAAGCAGUAUGCAGGUCACCAACACCUCUCCUCCGACUUUCACUUGUCCUACCGACAACGGACAGGUCUUGACAGAUAAUAACGGCGUCCAAUACAACAUCAGCUGCAACGCGGAGAUUACGUCCAUGGCCUACAACUCCAUUGCCGUUCCCAACUCCUUCGACCAAUGUUUCGCUCUUUGCGAUGCUCAGCCACACUGCACUGCUUUCUCCUACGCCGGAGGCGCCGAUGGUGUCGGUGCGGGCAUCUGUUCAUUCCAAAACAGUACCAACCCCCACAUCACGCGUGACGUUCCUGGAUUCGUUGCUGCGAUUCGUGUUUCGAAAUUCUACAACACCUCAUCAAUGCCAACGUCGACUUUCACCUCUCCCAACGGACCAAUCGGCCCAAAUAAUCCCAUUACUGUCAAUAACACUCUGCCGGCCAAUUCCACCGCUACAUCUACCGCUACGUCUACCACCACCUCUCCAGCAGCACCUCCCUGCCCUACAUCAUCAGCUGCCCUCUGCGGUUCGAAUUCCACCUCACCAAACACCACCUCGACUACCUGCUCAAGCGCCGGAGGCAACACGUACAACACGACUUGCGGCGUAGAAUACAGCGGCACCACCAUCAACACCACCGGCAUCGUCGGCCUGCCACCCCAGAAGCGUGCCAUUGAGUACACUCUCGGCGACUGUCAAACGCUCUGCGAUAGGUACAAAGCCUGCGUUGCAUUCAAUUACAACCACACGAGUGAUGAGUGUACUCUUCUCAGCACGGUGACGAGCCAGAAGAAGGCGCCGGGCGCCAUCGCUGCCGCUGUUCCUCCGCAGGAUCUGGCUCAGAAGACGAAUCCGCCCACGACUACGACCACGCCGAUGUCGACGAUGGGAAGUACUGUGACUUCUACGGUGAGCUCUGGGGUUAUUAAGCCGGUUUCCACCCCAAGCAGCAGUUCAAGCAUGACAAUGUCGACGCCCAUUUCUACGACAUCUACCACAAGCUCGACGACGUCUUCCUCAAGCUCUGCCAGCAGCUCAGUAUCAAGCACGAGCUCUCAUUCCUCAUCGUCAACCACGACGUCGACUUCUUCAUCGUCGACUGCAUCGCCCACCUCAACAUCAACGUCCACCACCUCAUCUACCACCUCCUCGACAACAGCAUCCGGAACGCCCUCCACCUUUGAUCCAAUGUGUCCCGCAGCGAACGGAACUGGCUUCACAGACACUGCGGGAAACCUGUACGAGGUUCUCUGCAACACCAAUUUCGAACCUGGAGCAUUCAACGACAGCAGCUUUGCAACCCUUGGCGCAUGUAUCGAUGCCUGCCAUGAACAGAGUGCCGGAUCAGACGGUCCCUGCGUUGCGGUGUCGUACACGGACGGCCCUUGCUACUUCCACUUCGGAUUCACGGACCAGACCAACGAUACUGGUGUUGAUGCAGCAGUGCUUGCAUCGUACAUCAAAGCUACGCCAGCCACUUACACUCCGGCAUCGUCAACUUCCACGUCAACGAGUACUACUGCCACGUCAAGCUCUAUCUCCAGCAGCUCCAGCAGUGUGACAUCCGCACCAACGUCUUCGUCUUCUGCCUCCACGACAAGCACUUCUUCCUCCUCUACCCGCACAGGCUACCUCGUCCUCGCCUCGCCAACGCCCUGCUCCUUCGACGAUCCCGCCGGCUCCGACGAAGACGACAACUACUGCCCCAUCACCCUCCCCUUUGCCAUGCAAAUCUACUCAAAGUCGAGCAUGACGACCUACGCCAGCACCAACGGCUACAUCUCCAUCCUCUCCGGCAGCUCGCAGUACUCGGUGCAGAAGUUCCCCGCCAACAACAUCCCCAACAACACCGUCGCGCCUUUCUUCGACGACAUGUACCUGCGCGGCAACUCGACGCCACAGGAUGGCAUCUUUUACGAGAUUCCGGCGUCGGGCGACAGCGUGACGUAUGAGUAUUAUUUGAAUCGAGGCACUACUCAAGGCACGGUGAAUGCGAGCGAGACGUUCCAUUUCACGGUGUCGUACAACAUCACGACGCCGGGAGUAUUCCUCUACACGUACUAUCAGACGGGCGGGGCGAGUGAUAGCGGGAUAUAUGCAGCAGUUGGGAUGCAGGGUGGUGAGUACUCACCCGUCUUGCCGAUGGGAUGUCAGGCUAAUUUGAUGAACAGUCAACUCUGCAGGCACGGAAGUGGGGUAUACGUAUUCAUUCCAGACUGCAGAUAUCACGCCUGGGCUGGUGGUGAGCUGCAAUACGCAGACGAACAAGUGUGACACGGUCUCGGGAGGCUCGGGUUGAGGGUGGAGUGGUUUUCGGAGUGGAGUCUGGCCUAUGAAUUCCCUUUUCGUCAUGUAAUUUGUCAAAUCAAUUGUUGCGCGUGCAGCCUUUGAAUUUGCCU